CAUACUUUUUAAAAACUAGUGAAUUAUUGUAAAAUGUCCAAGCCUGUGUAACAGUAAACAUAAAAUUUUUUGUGAUUAAGAAAUCGAUGUAUCGUUAACUGAUUUGUAUCUCAACCUCAGGGCGCAUACUGAAAGGUUCGCGCUCCCUCGAGGAAUAUUUUGGUUGAGCAGGGUAAAGAAAACCUCAAAGAUUGACUCCGUGUGGGGCUGGGCUUCGCCCCCGCUGCGCUUGCAGCUGGGAAACGCGCGCGGUCACAAAAGGAUGGGCGAAGGGGGUUCGCCGGGCGGGGUCGGCGGGGUAGGGGGCAGCGGCGCGCGGCUCUCGCACACAUCAGAGAAACACCCGAGAGCCAUCCUGGGUGAGCUGUCCGCGCUGCGGAGGCAUCGAGAGCUCUGUGAUGUGGUACUCAAUGUGGCUAAUAGGAAAUUGUUUGCACACAGGGUGAUCCUGUCAGCAUGCAGCCCGUACUUCCGCGCGAUGUUCACGGGCGAGCUGGCGGAGUCGCGCGCCACAGAGGUCACCAUCCGCGACGUGGACGAGCACGCCAUGGAGCAGCUCAUCGAGUUCUGCUACACCGCGCAUAUUGUGGUCGAAGAGAGCAAUGUCCAGGCCCUCCUGCCCGCGGCGUGCCUGCUGCAGCUGCAGGAGAUCCAGGACGUGUGCUGCGAGUUCCUCAAGCGGCAGCUGGACUGCUCCAACUGCCUCGGCAUCAGAGCCUUCGCCGACACGCACUCGUGUCGGGAGCUGCUCAGGAUCGCUGACAAGUUCACACAGCAAAACUUUCCAGAGGUGAUGGAGAGCGAGGAGUUCCUGCUGCUGCCGGCGGCACAGCUGAUCGACAUCGUGUCGUCGGACGAGCUCAACGUGCGCUCGGAGGAGCAGACCUUCCAGGCGGUCAUGUCCUGGGUCAAGUACAACGUGGCCGAGCGACGGCAGCACCUGGCGCAGGUGCUGCAGCACGUGCGGCUGCCGCUGCUGAGCCCCAAGUUCCUGGUGGGCACGGUGUCGGCCGAGCUGCUGAUCCGCGCGGACGACGCGUGCCGCGACCUGCUGGACGAGGCCAAGAACUACCUGCUGCUGCCGCAGGAGCGCCCGCUCAUGCAGGGGCCCCGCACACGGCCCAGGAAGCCCACACGGAGAGGCGAGGUGCUGUUCGCGGUGGGCGGCUGGUGCUCGGGCGACGCCAUCGCGUCGGUGGAGCGCUUCGAGCCGGCGUCGGGCGACUGGAAGAUGGUCGCGCCCAUGUCCAAGCGGCGCUGCGGCGUGGGCGUGGCCGUGCUGCACGACCUGCUGUACGCCGUGGGCGGCCACGACGGCCAGAGCUACCUCAACAGCAUCGAGCGCUACGACCCGCAGACCAACCAGUGGUGCGGUGCGGUAGCGCCCACAUCGUCGUGCCGCACGUCGGUGGGCGUGGCCGUGCUGGACGGCGCGCUGUACGCGGUGGGCGGGCAGGACGGCGUGCAGUGCCUCAACCACGUGGAGCGGUACGACCCCAAGGAGAACCGCUGGACCAAGGUGGCUGCUAUGACGACGCGGCGGCUGGGCGUGGCGGUGGCCGUGCUGGGCGGAUACCUGUACGCGGUGGGCGGGUCGGAUGGACAGUCGCCGCUUAACACCGUGGAGCGCUACGACCCGCGCGCGAACAAGUGGACGAGCGUGGCGGCCAUGUCCACGCGCCGCAAGCACCUCGGCUGCGCUGUUUUUGAUGGACAGAUAUAUGCUGUGGGCGGGAGAGAUGAUUGCACUGAACUGAGCUCCGCGGAACGGUAUGAGCCGUCAACGGACACGUGGUCGCCGGUAGUGGCGAUGACGUCACGGCGCAGCGGGGUGGGGCUUGCCGUCGUCAACGGGCAGCUCUAUGCGGUGGGAGGGUUUGAUGGCACCGCUUAUCUUAAGUCUAUCGAGGUGUACGACCCGGAAUCGAACCAAUGGCGGCUGUGCGGUGCGAUGAACUACCGGCGGCUCGGCGGCGGCGUCGGCGUCAUGCGCGCGCCGCACCACGACACGCACUACAUAUGGAAUCGCAAAGACUCGGUGGUGUGACCGCAACAUCACUACUAAUACAAGGUUAAGUCGUUACUCAAUUUAUUUUAUUGUUAAAUCUAUAUUAUAAUUGACUAUUUAUAAAUUAAUGAAAAUACAAAUUUUAGAAUAUAUUA